AUGGAAUCCUCUUCUAACAUAAUCAACCCAUCGAAUUCUUCCUUUACCCACCAAAACUCCCCCACGCUCUCUUUAUCCAAUUCAUUCACUGACACAAAAUCAUCCACUUCAAUGUCAACUCAUUUACACUCCGCAACUCGAAGAACAUUUAUAGGUCCAACAGCCUCUAAUUGGCCACAUAAGAAAACCUCAUACUUUUUCAUAAAGAGUAAUGAUUCUAAAUCUCAAGUCGUCAAAAAACGAUCUAGUCAACAGAGUAGGAAUAUUAUUAAAGGUGGUGAAACACAAAUAACAUCUACUGACUCAAGAGAUGCUGCUAGUUCCUCAAAAAUUCAAAGAAGUUUGAUUGCAAUCGCUGAUUCGCAACACUUGAUCUCUGAACCACAAAGGCUACAAUUUCAAAAUUCUAGUAACAUUACUGAAAGUCCCUCCUCUGCAUAUUAUACUCCAGCUUAUAAUUUAAAUUCAAAUCCGAUUACUCCACAACAAUCUUAUUUUCCAUUACCUAAUGAAAAAAUUGAGCAAUCUUUGCCUAAAAAUUCCGUUGAGGAUAGGACAUCACAUACUUUAUCAUCACCAAUUGUAAUUGAAGAUGAAAAUAAACCUAGGGACGAUAAAAAAAUGGAUGAUGAUGAAAAUUACCUAGAUUCAGAAUGUUCUUGUAAUCUUGAUGAAGGACAAUUUGAACAGGAAAAUAACGAUAUGAAUCAAAACUCGAAGCAUGUUAAAUUUUCAAGUACAACUGCUUCCGCAAAUUAUCAACCAAAUACUAUCAUAAGACAGGAUCAAAUGUUAGUAAGAAUUGGUUAUGAAGAAUUUAAAGAACAUCCACUAUUAUAUAAAAAGAGAAGUUUUAUUCAUGACUUUUUUCAGAUUUCCAAAUGGAAAGAAUUCAUGGUAAAGUUAAAACCAGGUGUGAUUGAAUUAUAUAAAAAUGAGGACAAAAUAUUAGAAAGCAUUCCAUUCACUUCCAAAACAAAAUUUUCAUUAUUUUCAUCAUCAGAUUAUACGAUAUUAUUAUCUCAACCAAUGAAACAUUAUGUUAAGAAUUUUAUAUUUAAUCCCAAAACAAUAUCUUUGUGUGUUCAAUGGUAUCAAGCAUUAUAUGAUCAACUUUCUGAAUCAAUUAAUAAACCAAUACCUCCUUUACUUGGAGUCACCAUACCAGAUUUGGAUGUUAAAUUACAAAUUCCUAUUUAUCAAAAUGAUGAUGAUGAAAACUUUUCAUUAUCGAGUAUGAAUGCUGAGAAAGUAAUGAAUAUCGUUUUAAAUGAAUUAAAUUACCUUACUGAACAGAAUGAUGUAUUAGAUAAGUGGAAAAAAUCUAAAGAAUUAAGGUUAUGUUGGAAGAGGUUUGAAAGGUUGGAAUGGAUUGAUGAAAAAGAUGUUUUGAAUGAUUUGUUGAAAAGUCCUCAAUUUAUAGAGCAGACUCAUCAGUUGCAAUUAAGACCAAUUGAGCAUUAUCCUACAUCAGUUAAAUUCAAAGAUGGAACAAUAUUAACCGAACCACCAUCAAUUGAAGGAUACUUGAUCAAAAUAACAAAUGAUAGAGGACAAACCAUAAAAUCAAAAAGAUUAUAUUUUGCUUCACAAAAUAAUUAUCUGUUCUUUAUGAAUCAAUUCAAUGCAAGUCCACCUCCACCUCCAAAUGUGUCCACUAUGACCGCUAUUGAUACAAGUGAUAAUAAUGGCAUUCAAUUAUGUGAUAAUACACAACAUUAUCCAUUAAUUUAUGAAAUUUCACCUUCUAUGAAUUCUGAUAUGAACAGAAGGGUUAAUCAGAUUUUAUGUGCGAAAGGAUUUAUUGAUUUAACCGAAAUUGUUGAAAUUAAAUAUUUAGAAGAAGGUCUAGAAGCGGAUGAAGUUAAUGAAGGAGAAGGAAGCCCUUUUCAAUUGAUAAAGAAAAACGGUAAAAUUAUUACUCUAAAGUCAUACUCAAGGCAAACACGAGAAGAAUGGAUAAAUCAUCUAAAUGAACUUAUUAAAUAUUGGAAGGCUAGAGUAUCGCGAGAUGUGAGAAUAAGAGUCGAAAUUAUUAAAACAAAUCAAUCAAAAUAUCAUGACACAGCUGAUGAAGAAUUAUAUCAUUGGAGGAAUUCUAGAAGUUAUGCUAAUCCAAUAUUAUGGAACUGGUGUGUAUUAGAUAGAUGUCGUGGAAUAAUUAAAGCUGGGUGGUUAUAUAAUAAAACACAUAUCGUGCAACAAUUUGACCUUCAUCAUCAUGUUCUAACGCAUGGCUACCUUAUUUACUUUAAUCGUAACACGCGUUCUACCUUAUCAAGAUAUACGUCAAAGAGAAGUUACCACAAACAUAAAGGGUGCAUAAAUUUGAGAGAUUGUUAUGUAUAUUCAGGAGAAAUAACUGAACAUGAAUAUUAUGAUUCAAAUCGAUCACAAGAGCGAAGUAUCGCUAAAUCAUAUAAUAAUGGUCAAUUUGCCAAAAUUUAUGGUGAUGGUAUGGUAUCUUAUGAUAAUUAUAAAGAUACAAGUUUUGUUAUUUGGAAAAGUAAAAGGAAGUAUUAUUUUGAUAAUGAUGGGAUGAAAAUCCAAAUGAACCAAAGAAUUCAAUUUAAUACUCGAGGAAAUUUUUGGGUUUUUAGAGCUAGAAGUAGAGUUGAAUGUGAAGAAUGGGUGUGGGCUCUUAAUGCUGAAAUUGAACGUCUUUAUAAAAAUGAAAAUGCUUAA